UUUCAAGUUAAUGUGAGGUUUAAUGUUCUAAGGAUUUACCAAGAUGGCCACCAAUUAAACUAGAGUGACAGUCGCACUCAAGACUAUUUUGUAACUAAAUUCAGUCUAGUAAUGAUAUUUUCAGUCGUUUUUGUGUGUGGCGAGAAUGAAGCUCUUUAUGCUUUGUUCUGCACUGGUUCCGCCCCCCAUCACACCUUCUCUUCACGCCUUGGCCCCGCCCCCUUCUGAUCAUGCAAGUGCUGCAGAUUGUUAAGGAGCUGGUGUCGCCCUCUCGCCGCCGCGCCAGUAGCCGAUUUGCAGCGUCUGAUUCAGAGCAGGAUGCUGCAGUGAAGUUGGAACAGGAGCGAGCUGAGAUACUCGCCAAAUAUGAAAAGGGUAAAGAAAGUGCGGAGGUGGAGCCGUGGGAGGAGGCCAAUUUUGAUCUGUAUAAAGCGGUGGACCGCUUCGGAUUCCUGCAUGAGGAUGAGCUUCCAGUGUAUGACGUAGUGGAGGAAAAGCAAAAACAUCUGGAAGUGGAGAGAACGACAAAAUGGCUGAAAAUGUUGAAGAGCUGGGAGAAAUACAAGAACAGUGACAAGCUGGUGAGGAGGAUCUAUAAGGGAAUUCCGCUGCAGCUCAGAGGUCAGGUUUGGUGUUUGCUGCUCGACAUCCCCAAAAUCAAGGAGGAGAAAAAGGACUUCUAUGAGAAACUGAAGAUCAGAGCCAGGGGUUUGUCUCCAGAUGUCCGUCAGAUUGAUCUGGAUGUGAAUCGUACAUACAGAGAUCACAUCAUGUUCAUGCACCGCUAUGAUGUCAAACAGCAGGAUCUGUUUCAUGUGCUCACAGCAUAUUCUGUAUAUAACACGGAGGUGGGCUAUUGUCAGGGCAUGAGUCAGAUCACUGCUCUGUUACUCAUCUAUAUGAAUGAGGAAGAUGCUUUCUGGGCAUUGGUCAAACUGCUGUCUGGACAGAAACACGCCAUGCAUGGUUUCUUUAUACCAGGGUUCCCUAAACUCAUGCGCUUCCAGGAGCAUCAUGACUGGAUCCUGCAGAAGAUGAUGCCUAAGCUCAAACAACAUCUAGAUAAUCAAGAGGUGUACACCAGCCUGUACACUAUGAAAUGGUUUUUUCAGUGUUUCUUGGAUCGGACUCCAUUCACACUUACAUUGAGAAUAUGGGACAUCUAUAUUCUGGAAGGAGAGCGAGUUCUGACUGCAAUGUCCUACACCAUCCUCAAACUCCACAAAAAAACCCUCUUGAAGUUGUCCAUGGAGGAGCUUGUAAAGUUUCUGCAGGUGACUCUGUCAAAGGAUUUCUUUUUUGAGGAUGACUUUGUGAUAGAGCAGCUUCAACACUCCAUGUCUGAACUCAGACGAUCUAAACUGGAUCUGCCACUUCCAGGUAAGGAGGAUGAGUUUCCUAAGAAACCAUUAGGUCAACUUCCUCCUGAGCCUCCAGGAUUUGCGAAUCAUGUGGCUAAUGGGCAGCCGGUCGGGAAGACAGUUGAGGGACUUCCCCCUCGUGGUUCGAGCCCUGCCGCAAGCGUCAGUAAACAAGCAGAGUCUGGUCCCGUCACUGAUGGAACACCAGAGAAGUACCAAGAAAGUCGGCCACCCAGCUCCCUGGACAAGGUGCCUCAUCCAGACAAAAGGGAGAGGGAUGGACGAGGUGUGGACACUCAAAAGGAACGGGUCCCAACCCACAGCAGAGCAACAGCUGGUGGGAAGGUGCUGACCCAGAGCCAGGCGAAUCACAACUCCAAUGCUAGAUCCAGCAUGCGCAGGGACAUUGGACCUCGUUGGGUCAAGCCUUCGGAGGGCAAACUGGAAGCAGUCAAGGCUGCAGCACUUCGGGAAAGCCAGUUGAGUCUAACUAUGGGUGCUCCACCCUCGCCCAGCUCCCCAAAUCCAGAGGAGGCCACCGGGGCACAGCGCCAACCCCGUUCACGAGCAUUUGUUCCGGGCUCCAACCGCGCAUCCAACGCCUCGCAAUACGACAAUGUCCCAGGACCAGAUGGAGAGGUUAUGGAGAUUAUAGAGCUUGAGAAACCGCCCUCUCGCCCCCCCUCCCGACCAUAUGUCGGACCUUCUUUGAGACAGGGCAGUCCCACCCGUCCCCCUAGUGAUGGAACUGGCGUCUCUCCCUUUAGAAUGCCUAAACAGAGCAAACCAGAACCCCGUGCACCUUUGCACUACCCACCCGGCAUGACUCCUGUCUACUCUACCUACGUUUCAGAUUCUCGGUCCGAGGACAGACUAUACGGCCAGCCGUACACUGAGCAAAUUUACGCAACUACGGGACGUGGCUCAUCUAACCCUUCGCCAGAGAAAACACUGAUGAACAACAGCUACUUAACCUACCGACGGCCACCCCCAAACAUGCCCCCUCUCAGGAUUGCUCCUGCCGAGCUUUUGUCCCAGAUAGACAGUGUUGGCGAGGGCGGGUAUUACAUGCGACAACCCACCCGACUGAUGGGCUCUCCUGCUUACCCGCCCACAGAACUGCGUUAUGAGAUGCACAGACGGAGAGAGGGCUGGUAUGGGGACAUGGAGGCGGGGCCUCCGCGAUCUCCUGUGGGCCUACCUCGAUCUCCCAGCUUCCAGAAAGCUCAGCUCUCUCCCAUUCACCCCGUUCAGGAGUUUAACUUUGCUCCUGCAAAUAUCUCGGACGCUGUGCUCCAUUUCAGAGGGCCCUACCAAGAGCACUCCGGCAGACAACAGCUCCCCCCGCUGUUUGGAGGAACGCACUACAGGCAGACGCAGGAUGCCUUUGCAAUGCAGGAGUCCAUGCUGCUCUAAGAGGGACUGAGAUAGAGGGAUACACUGUAUGAGUGAUGGCUAGCAAGCAGUUUUGUGUUGGUUUAAUACAGGGCUGUCCAAACUCGGUCCUGGAGGGCCGGUGUCCUGCAGAGUUUAACUCCAAC